GCUAGCACUCAGUCGCGCCGCCAAGCCGGCAUGGGAGCUGCGCGCGCCCACCCGGCCCCCACACCUGUCUGAGCGGCACGGCGAGCCGGGGUCCGGGCGGGCGACCCGGCGCGGGGUGGUGCUCAGCAUGGCGGGGACCCCAGGGCUUCUCCUCCUCUCCGUCCUCCUCUGUGCUGUUGGGCAGGUGAGCCCCUACAGCGCCCACUGGAAACCCACCUGGCCUGCCUACCGCCUCCCCGUGGUCUUACCCCAGUCCACCUUAAACUUGGCCAAGCCACACUUUGGGGCCGAAGCCAAAUUGGAAGUGUCCUCCUCGUGUGGCCCCCAGUGUCAUAAGGGAAGUCCACUGCCCACUUAUGAAGAGGCCAAGCAGUACCUGUCCUAUGAAACCCUCUAUGCCAACGGCAGCCGCACCGAGACACAGGUGGGCAUCUAUGUCCUCAGAAGUGGUGAGGGUGAGUCUUCGGGAAAGUCUCGAAGGAAGCGGCAGAUUUAUGGCUACGACAGCAGAUUCAGCAUUUUUGGGAAGGACUUCCUGCUCAACUACCCGUUCUCAACAUCGGUGAAGUUAUCAACAGGCUGUACCGGCACCCUGGUGGCGGAGAAGCACGUCCUCACGGCUGCCCACUGCAUACACGAUGGGAAAACCUACGUGAAAGGAACCCAGAAACUGCGAGUGGGCUUCCUGAAGCCCAAGUUUAAAGAUGGUGGUCGAAGGGCCAACGACUCGAGCUCAGCCGUGCCCGAGAAGAUGAAAUUUCAGUGGAUCCGGGUGAAGCGCACCCAUGUGCCCAAGGGUUGGAUCAAGGGCAAUGCCAAUGACAUUGGCAUGGAUUAUGACUAUGCCCUCCUGGAACUCAAAAAACCCCACAAAAGAAAGUUCAUGAAGAUCGGGGUAAGCCCUCCCGCCAAGCAACUGCCAGGGGGCAGAAUCCACUUCUCCGGUUAUGACAAUGACCGACCGGGCAACUUGGUAUACCGCUUCUGUGAUGUCAAAGAUGAGACCUAUGACCUGCUGUACCAGCAGUGUGACGCCCAGCCCGGGGCCAGCGGGUCCGGGGUCUACGUGAGGAUGUGGAAGAGACAGCAGCAGAAGUGGGAGCGAAAAAUUAUUGGCAUCUUUUCCGGGCACCAGUGGGUAGACAUGAACGGUUCUCCACAGGAUUUCAACGUGGCUGUUAGAAUCACCCCUCUCAAAUAUGCCCAGAUUUGCUAUUGGAUUAAAGGAAACUACCUGGAUUGUAGGGAGGGGUGACACGGUGUUCCUUUCUGGCCGUUCUUAAUGGUCUUCUAUUUUAGGAGAGGCCAAAUUUUGUCAUUGGUGUGUGUG